AUGUGCAGAUUACAUAUUAUCCACGUUGCCCGUUAAGUUUUUUCUAACUCUCAAAUUUAUUAUCAUCACAUCAUCAUUUUCUUGCAGGAUUUUCACCAUAAAGUUUCCACCUUUUUAUGCUUGUAUAUAUAUUGACACAAUUUCAGCAUAUUCAUCAAGUAAGCUGUAUCAACUCUACUUUUCUUGAAUUGUGUCUCAUUAUAAUUCAAGCUGUUUGAGAUUGUUUCUGUGACAAAUUUUACAAUUCUUGAACACCCUUUUUGUUUUCUUGAGUUGGGUUCUGAAAAGAUUAUAACUUUAGUGGCUUAUGAGUGAUUUCUUGGUUCUUUGAAGUGGAAUUUUGAUGCCCUUUAUCAAAGUUUUGAUUUUGGGUGUCAGUUUUGGUAUGUUAUUGUUUAAAUGAAUAUGCAAACAGCUUCUACAAGCUGUGAUUUUUCACAGAUUUUUUGGGUGCCUACACCAAUCUGUCCAUGUAAGAAAAGGCUUAAAUUUUCUCCAUUAGAUGGGUUCUCUAGUAGGAUGAAGUUGUAUAUGACCCACAAGAGAAAAAGAUAUGUUCUUGGGGCCUGUAUGAUUUCUACUAAUGGUGGGAACCAUAAUUUAGAUAUAGAGUUUGCUAAUUCGGCGAGUAGGGUUGCUAAAAGUUUUGUGGCUAAUACAUUGUCAAAUGAAAUGGAUGAAAGAGAUUCGUCUCGAGAUUCUGUUAGGAUGGGUACUUCUAAUUUUGCUAACUUUGAAGAAGACCCCAUGGUAGGGAAGCUCAGAACACAACUAGGAGUCGUGCACCCUAUCCCGUCGCCUCCGGUUAACAAGAGCAUUUUUGGGUUUUUCGUGUUCUUUUUCUUUGUGGGGGUUUUAUUUGAUAAGCUUUGGACGUCAAGGAAGAAGAAUAGGUCAAGCAAUGAAGGGAGACUUGGUAUGUGGCCACAGGUGCCCACAAGCCUCUCUUCGUUCCUUGAAAAGGAUUUGCAAAGGAAAGAAUCGGUGGAAUGGGUUAACAUGGUUCUAGCAAAGUUGUGGAAGGUUUAUAAGCCAGGACUUGAGAGUUGGCUCGUCGGGUUGCUUCAGCCAGUCAUUGAUGAUUUAAAGAAACCUAAUUAUGUGGAGAGGGUUGAAAUAAAACAGUUCUCUUUAGGAGAUGAGCCAUUAUCUGUUCGAAAUGUUGAACGCAAAACCUCACGGCGUGUCAAUGAUUUGCAGUAUCAAAUAGGCCUCCGUUACACUGGUGGUGCUCGCAUGUUGCUUAUGCUGUCCUUAAAAUUUGGAAUAGUUCCCAUUGUUGUGCCAGUAGGUAUCCGAGAUUUUGACAUUGAUGGGGAACUUUGGGUUAAACUGAGACUGAUUCCAACAGAGCCUUGGGUGGGAGCUGCUCAGUGGGCCUUCGUGUCACUUCCAAAGAUAAAAUUCGAGCUGUCUCCAUUUCGUUUGUUCAAUCUAAUGGCAAUUCCAGUUCUGUCGAUGUUUUUGACGAAGCUUUUGACUGAGGAUUUACCACGACUAUUUGUUCGUCCAAAGAAGAUUGUUUUAGAUUUCCAGAAGGGAAAAGCAGUUGGUCCCCUUCCUACUGAUUUUAGGUCUGGAGAAGUACAAGAAGGCAACAAGGACUAUGUGGGGGAAUUAUCGGUUACCCUUGUAGAUGCUAGAAAGCUCUUUUAUGUUUUUCCUGGAAAGACAGACCCAUAUGUUAUUCUAAAAUUGGGAGAUCAAGUCAUACGUAGUAAAAAGAACAGUCAGACAACUGUCAUUGGUUCUCCUGGUGAGCCAAUCUGGAAUCAGGACUUUUCUAUGCUGGUUACAAACCCUGGAAAACAAAAGUUGUAUAUACAAGUGAAUGACUCCCUUGGCUUUGCAGAUUUGAGUAUAGGAACCGGGGAGGUUGAUCUGGGAUCUCUUAAAGAUACUGUUCCAGCAGAUAGGAUUGUGACCUUGCAAGGAGGCUGGGGACCGUUCGGGAAGGGAUCAGCAGGGGAACUUUUACUUCGAUUAACAUAUAAAGCAUAUGUUGAGGAUGAAGAAGAUGAAGUGAUUAGGGAAAGAUCGACACGUGCUGAUGCUUCAGAUGACGAGUUGGCUGAAUCUGAAGUAGAUAAUGCUACUUAUGUGCAUCCAAAAAAGAAUUUGCCCAGUGGAACAGAAACAUUUAUGGAUGUGUUGGCAGCUUUAAUUGUAAGUGAAGAAUUUCAAGGGAUUGUAGCAUCUGAAACAGGUGACACAAAAUUUCCAGAUAAUGUCACGAGUUCAAAAUCGACAUUGAGAUCAGUUGGUCCUAAUAUUGAAUCAGUGCCAUCAAAUUUUGGAGGUGACUCUGAAAAAUCCAAAGGCUCUGCUCUAUUUUGGAUUUCCUUGAUCACAACUAUCUCAGUGCUUAUCGCGUUAAAUAUGGCCGGUUUUUCCUUGUUCAAUCCUUGAUGUACAGUUUCUGAAGAACAAGAGUUAUGCUCAAAGAAGUUAACAAUAUUUCUAUACCUUGUAGACAGGAGGAGAGCAUUAGUUUAAUACUUUUUUGUGUUUAUACAGUGUAGACGAAUAUUCUUUCGGUGCAGUAUUUCAGGUAUGGGGAUGAAAAAGAAAUACUAAAAGAAAAGUUUCCUUCCCUUAUUGGGAAAUACACACAAACAUUUAGUUUACCAACUUCUGAGUGGCACAUAUCGGGUCUGGUUAUUUUGGUUUAGCAUAGAUGUUUAUUACUUUUUGUACGUGCAUUUAUUAGUUUUCAUGUAUAGUUGUUUGGAGAUGGAAUGCCGGUUACCUAUUAUCAAUAGAAUUAAAAUUUCGGAAAGCUUUACCCAGUGGAAAUUUUAAAUUGUACAGACUCAAUGGUAUUUCAUUAUAAAAUAGACCAAACUCUUGUUUGGUCUUGGAGUG